AUGGCCGGGCCCCGGGCGCCCGGGGGUGUGAGCGGCCCGCCCGCCAUGGCCGAGCCGGCCGAGGAGAGGCACUGCUGGGUCUGCUUCGCCACGGAGCGUGAGGACCGGGCCGCCGAGUGGGUCUGCCCCUGCCGCUGCAAAGGCUCCACCAAAUGGAUCCACCAGGCCUGCCUGCAGCGCUGGCUGGACGAGAAGCAGAAGGGCAACAGCACGGGCAGCGUGAGCUGCCCGCAGUGCGGCACCGAGUACCGCAUCAUCUUCCCCAAGCUGGGGCCCCUGGUGUAUUUCCUCCACCAGGUGGACCAGAUCCUGUCCAGAGCCAGCCCCUUCGCCAUGGCCGGCAUCGUGGUGGGGACGGUGUACUGGUCGGCCGUCACCUAUGGGGCCGUCACGGUGAUGCAGGUGGUCGGCCAUAAGAAGGGUCUGGAUGUGAUGGAGCGGGCAGACCCCCUCUUCCUGCUCAUGGGGCUGCCCACCAUCCCCGUCAUGCUGGUGCUGGGCAGGCUGAUCCGCUGGGAGGACUAUGUGCUGCGUGUCUGGCGGAAGUACUCCAGCAAGCUGCAGGCCCUGCAGGCCCUGGUGCCAGGGAUUGGGCGCCCGGUGCCCCCGGGGCCCCUGGCUGAGUCCCGCCCCCAGAGCGACCACCCGUCCCUCUCACGAACGCUGUGCGGGGCCCUGGUGUUCCCCACCGUCGCCAGCCUGGUGGGCAGGCUCCUCUUCCGGCGGGUGGACUCCAGCCUGCAGCGCACCAUCCUGGGCGGCAUCACCUUUGUGGCCAUCAAGGGGGUGCUCAAAGUCUACUUCAGACAGCAGCAGUACCUGCUCCAAGCCAACCGGCGCAUCCUUGACUACCUGGAGCCGGGCCCCGCGCCCCCGGACGAGGACAGCAGCACCGAGGGCAACCUCAGCUAGGCCUGGAGCAUGGCCCCUGCCCGCAGCUCCUUGGCCCGUCGGGCCGUGCCCUGCAGUCACAGCUGGGGGGCAGAGCCCUGCCCUGGGUCCCCCCGCGGAAGGCUCUCCUGGCCCUGGCCCUGCCCCCUUUAUAAAUAGCCACUGGAAAUACAAACCUUGUU